CUGUGGUCAUGACAAAUGGAAAUGACAAUUGACAAUGACACUGACACAAACAUAUGUCAAUUAGGUCCUUCACUCCAUCCAUUACAUUACAAUUCAUUUAAAAAUAAAAUAACCUUAUUUUAUAUCUAGAUUCUAAGGCUCUGAAUUGAUAAAUAACCAUGUCGGAUCAGAAUGUUGGAUCAGCGCCACCUUCGGCGGCUCCUUCAGCCGCCAGUGUGGCAGAUGAGCAAAGAACUGCAGGCUCGACUGGCUCUGGGUCUGAAGAAAAAGUGUAUGGAGGUUGUGAGGGGCCCGAUGCAAUGUAUGUGAAGCUAGUCUCCUCUGACGGACAUGAGUUCAUUGUGAAGAGGGAACACGCUCUCACAUCUGGCACUAUCAAAGCCAUGUUGAGUGGACCUGGACAGUUUGCUGAGAAUGAGGCCAACGAAGUAAACUUCAGGGAGAUACCGUCACAUGUCCUUCAAAAGGUAUGCAUGUACUUCACUUACAAGGUGCGUUAUACAAACUCUUCGACAGAGAUCCCAGAGUUUCCUAUUGCUCCGGAGAUUGCACUGGAACUCCUCAUGGCUGCCAAUUUCCUUGACUGUUAGAUAGUCUAUGUACUAGGCGGCAAAGGUGGAAUUCAAACCUAGUCCAUAACUUAGCUCCUGACUAAUGCCUUAAAGAUUCAUGGGUGCAACUGCAAAUAUUUUGUUUUAUUGAAACCUUUUUUUAAAAGGAAAAAUAUAGUUUUUUUUCUCAAUGAAAUUAUAUCAAAAUUGGUUAUUAAGUGUAAGACUUGACUUGACAGCUUAACCUCGUCUGAUUUUCAAGCAUGUUUAAUUAUAUAGUUACAAUCACAAGUUAACACCAAAACAGUGUUAGAGUUUGGCUAAUUAACGCAGUGACUGAAAUUGACCAGCAAAUUUAAAACAAAUUUAAAAAUGGAGGGUGCUCCCAAAACAAUAGUGCAUAUAUUUAAAUAACUCAAGUUUAAUGAUUGCAAUUUAAUUAUUUUUCAAUAAGUAGUAAGGUUUUUAUACAUACUUUUUUUAUAAUAAUAAUUAUAAAAAAAGUAUGUAUGUAAUAUUUAAUAAGUAGAUAUUUUUUCAUUUGCCGGGCGAUUUGUCUCUACUUUCAUUAGCCAAAGUCUAACUUGUGAUAUUAGCCCUGUUAAUUGCCAUUUAAGAGACAAUAUGUUUGUUAUCUAUGGGUAGUUUGGCUCAAUAACAAGUGAACUGUAUGGAUAGUAACAAAUGUGGCUUUACUGUGUUUAGAAAGCACCAAAAAAUUGUCUAAAUGUGUUCACAAUAACCCUGGUUGUACUGAACGGAGUUAGGAGUUACAUGUUAGGUUGAACUUUUAUGAUAAGUAAAUACCUCUAUCAAGAUUAACUUGAGAAUUUUCGUGUGAAAACAUACUAACUUAUGACUAGAAAAAUAUAAAAAUGUUCUGAACUUUGACUAAAUAAUUAGGUAACUUAUAAAAAAAGUAACUUUUCAAAUUACGAGUAAAUGGCAUUUUUCCGGUGUUAACAUACCCCAUUACAGAAAAAGUAAAUUGUAUAAAGGCAUUUAUAGAUUUUGCUUUAGUAACAGCGAAUUUAUUUUGCAUGUCACAAUCUAUUUAAGUAUUUCUUUGUAAUAAAUUGUAAACUCUAA